AUGAUUAAGGAUGCAAUUGUAUCACUGAAGGAGAAGAAUGGUUCGAGCCAAUACGCGUUUGCGGAAUUCAUUGAAGAGAAACAGAAACAGUUUCCUGCUAAGCUAUUGCUCCAAAAUUGGAAGAAGAAAAUUGCUUAUGGAAAGCUUAUUAAGGUUAAAGGUUUAUUCAAACUUUCAGCAGCAGCCAAAAAGCUUGCAGUCGCCAAGCCGAAGACAAAGCCCGCUGCCAAGGCAAAAGCUGUGAAGGCUAGGCUAGCUGCUAAGCCAAAGGCUAAAGCCGUUGUUAAGCCAAAGGGCACUCCACAAAGUCACUUUCUCUGCAUUACCAAGAAAGCCUUCAGCAGCUCCUGCACUAGCCAAUACACAUGUUUCCUCAACAACAGGACUUAA